GCCAGAGAAUAAAAGAGUAGAUUAUUAUAGGUGUACGUGUUUUAUAUAUAUCUAUAUAUAUAUACACUAGGUUUUGUAAAGUUACUUUGGCUGGUAUGGUCUUUGGUCCUGUGUUAGUUCCACUGGGUACCAUACCUUGAAGCCGUCGACUUUCCGUGGCAGUGCGUGGCAACGUUCUGACUUUAGAAUAUGGCAGAAGCAAUAAAUUAAACUGAUCAAGUGCAUUGAUAAAAAUUGACUUUGAAUAAUAAAAUAUGAUGCGUUAAUUUUUACUUGAGUUUACUUCUGAAAGUGAGCGUCAGCUAUCGCGGGUUCUCUCAUAUCAGUUUAUAAUUCAAACGUAUACGCAUUCAAUGCACGAGAAGCUAUGAAGGCUCACUAUUGCCGGUGUUUUAUUUAAUGAGAAUAGUGCGAUUACUAUUGUCGUUAGUUUUUUUAAUUAUUAUUAGUAUACUUUCAUUGGUAAUCCGAGACAAUGGGAUCGGAGGCUUGGGAACUCGAAAGAAGAUACUCAGUACCUGGAGUACUUGAUACACGUGGACUGGAACCACCAGCAAGCGAAGAUCUUCAUGCUUGGUCAAUAUACAGACAAAAUUUGAAUUCCGAUUUUACGGAUUCAGCGCUUGGCUCAGCUGAAAAAUCACCUCUACCUUACGGUAAUUUCCAACUUCGUGAUUCAACGGUACAGAGUAUCCUCAGACAUCCGCGAUAUGGACCCAAGAGUCCGUUGGCAAACAAUUCAUACACGUAUUUAAAAUUUGGACUGCCACGUGUACUACCCCCGUCACGGGCUAAAGAUGGUUCCAGUGGCUAUGAUUCAAGUGAAGAAGGUAGAAAAGUAUCUCACAGCGGAAUACCACCUCAGUCAAGUACUGCCAUGAGAUCUGCUCGAAGUGACCCUGAUUUCCGUCAGGUUCAUGUGGUACCACGUGAACAAGCCCACUCACAAUUAAUAGUGAGAGAUCACCCAAAACUGAGAAGUGCAAGUGAAGCAAAUCUUUUACAAUCCGGACGGCCAAAUAGACGUCACAGUAUAGCACCAAUUGAUCCAGGAUAUGGACAAACAGUAUUGGGAGGUCCAGUACCAAGUCAUUCAGGACUUGAAAGCUACUUAGGUGCAGGCUUACGAAGAAUCCCAUCACUCCAGCAUCCUCAUCUGCAAUUACGCGAACUAGAAUUAUCCUCUUCCGAUAAUUUACCGUUACUUCGCGGUAUAACACUCGAAGCCGGUGCUACAGAUGUACUUGCAAUAAUGGCAACAACUGAAAAAGAGGGUACUGCUAUUAUUGAAACUAUUUCUGGUAAACGUAAAAUAAAACGUGGAGAUAUUUUGCUGAAUGGGCGACCAGUGACCUCGCGUGCUUUAAGAUCAAGGGUCGCUUAUUUACCAGCAGAAUGCUGUUUGAGUCCUGGUUUGACGGCACAACAAGUUCUUAGUUUCUACAUGUGUCUAAAAGGUGGUUCUAGAGCAUCUGAUAUGGAGAUCGAAGCAGUAUUACAAGAAUUGGGACUUGAAGCAACAAAACAUUGUUUAAUUAAUUCAUUAACGACUUCGGAAGCAAGAAGACUAUCGUUAGCUUGUCGUUUACUUCAAGAUGCGCAUAUACUGACACUUGAUAGACCAACACAUGGUCUUGAUAUUUUUGAUGCAUUUUUUCUCGUUGAGUAUUUAAGACAUUGGGCAACUAGGGGACAAAGACUUGUUGUCUUGACACUCCAUCCACCGACUUAUGAAAUACUGACGAUGGUUUCGCGAGUUGCAUUGACUUCAGGCGGUAGGAUAAUGUACUCGGGACCUAGAAGAGAUAUGUUGCCUUAUUUCGCACUUGCUGAAUUUCCAUGCCCGCCGUUUAAAAAUCCAUCGGAUUACUAUCUUGAUUUAGUGACUCUUGAUGAUUUAUCAGCAGAAGCAAUGCUUGAAUCAUCACAAAGAAUAGAUCAUCUUGCAGAGUUAGCAAGAUCACGGUUACCAGGUCUGAGUGAUCCAAGUCCACCUGGAGCAUUACCACCAGCUAUAUACGACGCAAAUAUAUUUAUUCAAAUAUAUGCGCUACUUUUAAAAACUCUUAUAUAUAGUCAACCCUGGACAAUGACUAGACUUGUUCAAAAAAUAGUUGUAGCUGCAUCAUUGAGUAUUAUACUCGGUGCGAUAUUUUGGAAUGUCGCUGGAGACAAUAAUUUACAUUUAAGAGACAGAGUAGGACUGUAUUAUUCAAGUUUUGGAAUUUUUUUCUGGCCACUUGGUUUAAUUGGUAUUUGUGAAGUUAUUAAUGCAAGACCCAACGUUGAAAGUGAUAUAAAACAUGGUCUAUACGGACGUUUUAUUUAUAUUAUCAUUGAGCUUAUUUGUAGUGUUCCUUCAUGGUGUCUUGUUUACGUAACAUAUUUAGUUCCUGCUUUUGCAAUGGCCGGACUUCAUGAAACACUAAAUGAUAGUUUUACUUCGCUUUGGAAUUAUCUUGCCUAUGGAUUACUAUAUAUUAUGUUACAACAUUUAAUAUGCAUAUUUUUUGCUCAUAUCUGCAAAUGGAGUGGAGUUGCAGCGUUAAUCUCUGGUAUAAUAAUCGGCGAAAUAACUUUAGGCGGGGGUGUAACAUUACACUUGGAAAAUUUACCACUUUGGUAUCAGAAACUCAGUCCUAUGGAGUGGGUAUUGUCAUUUUUAUUACCAGAGAUUCAUAACUCCCAGAUACUUAAUAAAAUAGCUAAUUGUAAAGCUAAACAAGUACAACGACAAGAUAUUAUUGUACAAGCGCUUUGUGAACCGCCUGAUGGUGCGGCUGCUUUGAGAGAAAUAGCUCUUGAUAAUGUUAAUAAUGCAACUAGUAUUCAAUUAGGCAUUGGAAUUGGUAUUAUAGGAUUACUAAUUAUUAUUGGAUUUAUGUUAAUACGCUACACGACGUUAAAAAGACCUCGAAGUGCACCUAAUAAGCCGUAGAAACAUUUAAUAAAUAUACUUUUUUUGUUUAGUCUAUUUUUAAUGUAAAGUUAAUAGAUAUAUUAUUGUAUAUUAGUAUUUUUAUUAUAAGGAACAAUUAUGUGCCACAUUAUUAUAUAAAGUUAUUAUAAAAAAGUUCAUUUUACACGAUAGUGGUGCAAUAAAUAAAGUGUAAUUAUCCGGAGACUCGGUAGUGUCUCGCGCCAAGUACACGUUCAAACACAUGGGCCGUGCGUAGUCUUCCCAGAGAGUACGUCGCCGUCGGUUUUUACCCCCACUCUUAAAAAAUGAGUCUAAUCUACGUUAGUACACACUAGUAUUACAAACCGAAACUUUCCGAAUAUUUCCGACGGCGGCUUACUCUCUGGGAAGACUCUACAUAGAAGGCGCGAGACUACCGUAUCUCUAUACCGGAGUCAGAGGCCUGUAACCUCACUCAUAUUUUAAACUGAUAAUUAUUAAUAAAUCCGGCAUAUUUUUAUAUUUUAUCUAUUUAUUUAUUAAUAAUUAUCCUAUUGCUAUCGAAUUUAUUCACAACUUGCGUAUUUUUAUGAAUUUUUAAACAAAUAAAAAUUUUGGAAUUUUUCAUGCGCGGAUUUUAUGGAGGCUAGAGGUGCAUCUACCCUCCAUAGUAGACAUAUUGCGGCAGACUUCAACUGGGUAGUUUUAUUUUUGGUAGGGUCGCUUAUGGCUGAGUUGCAUACCUGCCGUUUGGAUAAAGAAAUUUUUAGAAUGGUAGUCUUGAGUUCAAAAUUUAAAAAAUCCAUAGACACAUUAAUGUUUAUCAUGUUUUGUGAUAUCAAGUGAUUUAAAGCAUAUUUGUGUUAUAUAUACUUUCUAACACUAGCAGCCAACUUAACUGCGUUGACAAAAAUCUACGAUUGGAUUUCGACGUCAAAUUGACUGUAAAAAGUUAGUCUAUAAUUAGUGGACGUAAAAUUUCUAAACAAAUUUUUUUAUCAAUGUAUAACAUUACGACGUUUAUUAACACAAAGAUAUUUGAAGUUUUAUGCGUAAUUUUUAUAAUUAUAAAAAAAAAAAAAAAUCCGAACAAAAACAGAUUCUUUGUAAAAAAAACCGCGUUAGGUACACGUCAAAAAUCUAUCACUUUUUGUCUAUAAUGUUAUUUUUACAAAAAAGACUGAAAUCACAAAAAAAGUAACUGGGACGUUGUGAAAUUAAGAAAAAAUUUUCUUAUCUAUAAUUAUUUUGUUUUUAAUAAUUUGUUAAAUCAUAAAGUU